AUGCUUCUUAGGGAGAUUCUGACUGACGAAAACCUCUCUCAAUACUCUGUUAUCAUGCUUGAUGAAGCUCACGAGCGGACAAUUCACACUGAUGUGCUGUUUGGUCUUCUGAAGAAGCUGUUGAAACGCAGGCUUGACCUUCGUUUGAUAGUCACGUCUGCCACAUUGGAUGCAGAGAAGUUCUCUGGGUAUUUCUUCAACUGCAACAUUUUCACAAUCCCUGGAAGAACCUUCCCUGUUGAGAAACUGUACACCAAACAGCCAGAAACCGAUUACUUGGAUGCAGCUCUCAUCACAGUUCUUCAGAUCCACUUGACUGAACCAGAGGGUGACAUUCUUGUGUUUUUGACGGGACAGGAAGAAAUCGAUUCCGCUUGCCAGUCUCUGUACGAGAGAAUGAAGAAGCUUGGUAAAAACGUUCCUGAACUCAUCAUUCUUCCUGUUUACAGUGCCCUUCCUAGUGAAAUGCAGUCUAGAAUCUUCGAUCCUCCUCCUCCUGGUACACGGAAAGUGAACGUGUAUAACCCAAAGCAAGGGCUAGAGUCGCUAGUCAUAACUCCAAUCUCACAGGCGUCGGCGGAGCAGAGAGCUGGACGUGCUGGUCGUACUGGUCCUGGUAAAUGUUACCGUCUCUACACUGAGAGCGCAUUCCGUAACGAGAUGCCUCCUACAUCAAUCCCUGAAAUCCAGAGGAUUAAUCUCGGAAUGACAACGCUGACCAUGAAAGCAAUGGGGAUCAACGACCUGUUAUCGUUUGACUUCAUGGAUCCACCGCAGCCGCAAGCUUUGAUCUCUGCUAUGGAACAGCUGUACAGCCUGGGAGCGUUGGAUGAGGAAGGAUUGUGA